AUGGACUCAAUGAAUGAAAAAAAUACUUUAAAAUCGUUUGGAGAAAACAAAAAUAUGAAUGCUUCAGAUAUUGAUAUUUCAUGAACCAAGCAAAGAGCAGACGAACUUUUAGAAAAAGAAUCACAACAACUUUUAGAUCGGCAUUUGAAAUCUUUAGGGCUGUCUAUUGAGCCUAAUAAAACUCUAAAACCUAUAGGGCUAAUUGAUUCACAAUUUUCAAAAAAAGAUUUGGUUUUGAGUGUUAAUCGGCUUUAUAAACCAAAAAAAUAUUUUAAAGUGCAAACUCAAAGAAAUCAUUAUACGAGAAAAAAAUCCAAGAAUGGCAAGAUUAGGUUGUUCAGUAAUGCGCCUAGUAUUGAAAAUACCCCGAUGUCAAAACCGAAGAGGACUCAAACUUCAAGAAAAUUGCUUAAAAUCCCAACUGUUGAUGAUUUUUGUCCUGAAGAUUUUUUGCAAACUGAACAAACUGCUAGAGCAUCAAUAAGCACUGACCAAAGCAAUUUGCCUACUGACUCACCCUCCUUAGAUUUGAACAAAAGUAGGGUCAAUUUUUUAUUUUUUGGUAUUUAAACCAUUUGAAAUUAAUACAAAAUUUUAUUUUUUCAAUAGAAAAAUUUUACAGGCGAAAAUACUAAUUUUUAUUAAAUUAAUAUUGGCCUAAUAAGUGCAUGUAGGGUAUUAUUUAAACAGUUUUCACAGUGAAUCAAUUAAUUUUUUAAAUUAAUUCUUUAUACAAAUAAAUUAAAAUUCAAAAAUAUUGCGUUCAAUUUAUAUUUUAAUAAUUUUUUUAUAUUUUUAAAAAAAUAAUAAAUUGGAACAGGAUUUUUUGUUUCAAUUUAAGGGAGGGAGUGAGCCAACAUUAAGAACAGUUAACCGAACCAAAACAAAAAGCUCUAUGAAAGAAAUUGAUGAAAAAUCGAGAACAGCAACCGAAAUUAAGAGUCCUACAAUUAUUUCAAACAGACCACAAUCACUAAUGGCUAAUUCUAUUGAUCUUGACACAAAAGAUGCAUCAGAACUUGGAGAUCUUUUUAUGAUAAUGUCUAAAUCCUUUAACUCCCCCCCCCCCCCCCUCCGUGAGCGAACAAAACCCAUUAGAAAAAUCACCAUUUUUUGACCAAAAACCCACCCUCCGUGAGCGAACAAAAAUUUUUUUUAAUAGAAAAAAUUUUAAUGGAAAAAAAUUUUGAUAUAUAAGUGAUAAUUAGUAUAAUGAAAUCUAGAGCUAAUUCUGUUUAAUUUUAAACAAAUUGCGUUUUUAAAACAUAAAUUUUGCAAAUUAAAUUAAUAUUUGCUUCCCAAUUUUUGCAAAUUAGGAUUUUUUUAAAUUUCGAAAAAAAUAUUUUUUAUAAAAAAAUUUAUUUAUAUAUAAAUUUUUUUAAAAAAAAAAUUAACCCCCCUCCGUGAGUGAAACAAAAUUUUUUUGUUCGCUCACGGAGGGGGGGGGGGGAGUAAGAGAAAGCAAAACCAUUUAAAAAAUACUUAUUUUUUAGGUAAUAUUUUUAAAUAAAAUUUUCUAUAAUUAAUAAUUGUAUUAACGAGAUUUCUAGCUAAGUUUAUUAUAUUCUAUCAGCUUGUAUUUUUAAACUUAAUUUUUUUCUUUAAAAUUUAAAAAUAAAUUAUCUUGAGAAAAUACCUUGUUUGCUCUCAAAGAGUGGAGCAAAAGAAAAAUUAUUAGUCCAAAAGAAAACGCUCGUGAAAGAUCAUCACUUAAAUCGCUUAACGAAAAAAUCAUUGAAAUGAUGAUGCAAAAUCCAAGCGAGCUUUACAGAAUUUUGUCCCACACAAGUAAAGACCCAAAAAAUAAAGAAUUAGAACAAUGAACAGAAGGGCACGAGUCUCUUUUUAGGUCAUUAUUGAGAAAAACUCAUUCAUUUAAUUCAAUUUCAAAAACAAAAAUGUUUAAAGAAAAAGCUAAUGGCUUGCCAAGCACUGGAACUGCUUUAAACAUGGACUGAAGAUUUGAUAAACACUCGCCUUGGGUAAAUGAUUUAGAUUGCCAAGACAAUAUGUUUUAUUACAUUAAUUAUGAAAAUUUUAAUUAUUAUUAUAAACAUUAUUUAUUUUUCUUUUAAACGAGGAUAAACUAUCUGCCAGAAAAAGCAUCUCUAACAUAAGAACCCAAAUUUUGCAUGAGCCUACAACCCAGCAAAAAGAAGAAGACCUUAUUUGCGAUUUACAAAAAAUCACAGGUUGCGAUUCUACCGAUUUGUAUAAAUUAAAAAAAUUAAACACAAAAAUUCAAAAUUUAAAAGAAUUUGAAGACGCUAUGAAAGGCUUCGAACAAAUUUAUUUAUGGGAAAAAUCGCAAGAGCUGUUUGAUACAGCUAAAAAUAUUCUUGCACAGCAUAUUUUACAAGAAAAUGAAAAUGAAGUGAAAAAUCUUAAUAGAUCAAGGUAUUCUUAUUUGUCAGCAAAAGUAGCAUUCCAAAGAGCGAAUAAAGAAUUGAGAGAUAAAAUGCUUCAAAGAGCGGAAAUACGUAGGCAGGAAUUAAGGAAAAAACAGAAAGAUAUUUUGAGAAAUGUGAUUAUUGCGAAAAAUAUAGUUCGAAGAAUUUAUGGACACAUAAUAUUUCGUCCGAAAAGAGUUCUAAUAAAUACUUCACACCCUAUUAAUACUCCUCUUUUCAUUCCUGAUAUGAUAAAGCUUGGGUUUUUACCCACAUUUUUUGAAGCAAAACCAAAUAUCCUAAACCCUGAAAACACCUUUGUUGUCAAAGAUGCUCCGUUCCAUUUAGCCAAAAAAAGUUUGGAUAAUUUAUCAAAAUGAAAUAAAAUAAAAGAAGAAAAUAUAGAUUCUACGAAAAAUAUUAAAAUCCAGCUUGAUAAAUAUAAGGCAGCUAUCAAAAUCCAAGCCCAUAUCAGAGGAUUUUUAUUCAGAACGAGAAUCCAAAAAUUGAAAAAAGUCGUUAAUUCAAUUAAAAGCAAAUUCAGGAUGUAUAAAGACAAGUAUAAAUUUAUGCAAGAAAUUAUUUGCUAUCAGAAAAUAAAUGGCACCCAGGAUAUUGUACAUUUAGUAACUCCCCCUUUAAAUUGGAACAAAAUAUAGGUAAAAUUCCAUUUUUUGGUACUUAAAUUGGAACAAAUUUUCAAUAGGAAAAUUUUAUAGGAAAAUGUUAGUUUAUAAAAUUAGCUUGGAUAUAAUUUAAUAGAAAAAGUGGAAAUAAAAUAUUUAUUAAACAGUUUUAUAUUGAAUCCAUUAAUUCUUCAUAAAAUAACCAAAAAAAUUCAAAAUAUAUUUUUAUAAUUUUUAAAUUUUCAAUAGCAAACAAUUUAAUAUUUUUUUUAAAAAAAUAACCCCAGAUUUUUUUCCAAUUUAAAAGUGGGAAGUAAGAAAAUGACGCAGUACACUUGUAUAUCAGAAGGCAUUGAGGGACUAUUUAAAAGCAAACCCAAGCUUGGCUACAGAACAUAAAGCACCCGAAAGAAUAAGAGGUGGAGGGAGAAAAGCUACUGUUUUGUCGAAAUAUUUAAUUCCACAUUCAGAGCUUUCAAAAAAUUACUCGCAUAGAAAAACAAUUAAUUCAAAAGCCUCAGAUAAUCUCUCAAGGAUGCCAUCAUAUACGUUUUAA